AUGCAGAGGAGGGCCACCCCCUUAAGAAUACAUCUAUCUGUCGCACAGCUCUUCUUCAGCUCAGCAAAGAUUUUCGCUGGUUACAUGAUAUAUUUAUUGAUUGGUGCUGGAAUAUUCAUCUGGUGCGAAAGCGAAUUCGAAGAAAAGAAAUGCGAGGACGCAAAAGCUGCUCUUAUCUUGAAAACGCAGAGUUUCGGAAAUAUGUACUUCUACGAACUGGGAAUGAACAAGAAGCUCUGUAGAGGGAUAAAGAAGAUGAUGAGCAAUGAGACAGAACUCGCCUAUUAUCGAGGGGAUAUCAUCGAGGCGUAUCAGUACUGGCACAGCACCGACUGCGCCGAAAAUGCCUACAUCGAUAUCCUUGAUAUGAUCAUGCACAAGGACCCCGACUUUCGUAUGCAGCUAGAAAUGGUCUUCAAAAAACUUAUGGUGAUGGCCGACUUCAAGGGAAAGUUCGACGAAGAUGUCUUCGUCCUCAGCGGAGCGACAUUACGCAAGAUUCUCAAACGCACUGCCGACUUUUCUAUCUCAAACUAUAUGGCGCUGCAUCAAGAUUGUGAGAAGAAAUGGAACUUUCAUAAUGCCUUUUUCUUCGCGGGAACGAUCGCUACAACGAUAGGCUACGGAAAUCUUGUACCAGUAACUCCUCACGGGAAGAUUUUCUGUAUUGUAUUCGUCAGCGUCGGCAUCCCAUAUUUCGGCUACAUGAUGUCAAAAUUGUCUGAAAACUCAAACAUUAUUGUGCUCAAGAUUGGCAAAGCGGCUGAAGAGCGACUCAAAAGAGGAAUCCCUGCUUCCGUAGGAACAACAUUGUUCUGUGUGAUGGGUUUCUUUUUCCUUAUUGCAGGACCAAUUUGGCUAUUUCACCAUAUGGAAGGAUGGGACGUUGUAGAUUCCGUCUAUUUCAUCUUCAUUUCUUUAUCUACGACUGGUUUCGGUGAUAUGGUCCCAAGGAACAUCCCUCCGAUCGAGAAGGCAAAGCACGUGAUGGACGAGGACGCGUGCCUAAGUGAGUUGACAAACCCAAUGCCGUCGUCAGCCGUCUCUGCGGAGAGUGGGAUCUCGGUGGUUUGUGACAAGACAAGCUGGUCACAUGGGAUAGAAGCUAUGUUCAAUAUGUAUAGAAUAGCAGUGUUCUUCUGGCUGAUCUUAGGUCUUCUUUGGCUUGGAAGUUUGAUUCGGAUGGUUAGCACUUAUAUGCAAAUAAAAGGAAAGAAAGGAGAACAACUACUGAAAAGCAACAUCGACGAUACGAAGAAAAAGCUGAACAUCGAACCCGCAAACGGGUUGAAUUUCCUCAAUCUAGCGAAGGGUCGAUUAGACGAAGGCGAACUACGAAAAUCAGCAAUAGUUCAAAAAGCUGUUGUCAAGUGGAAAUGUGUUCUGCACAAUCAUGACUCCCAGGGCACCUGUUUAGACAACAGAGACGUCGAAGUGCACUUGGAGAGCGAGACGACAUCCGAAGUGAUCAAUAACGAACUGCCUCAGUCAACGAUGCUCUCUCAUUUGUAA